UACCUCACUUCACAAACUCAGCUUGCAAAAAAAUCUCACUGAUUUUUCUUCUCUCGCGGUCCCUGGAACCCUAGAUCGGAUCAUGUCUGGAGCGUACGGUCAAGACGGCGGCGGUGCCGCGCCACCGUCCUAUGGGGCUAGUGGCGGUUACGGUACCGCCGCUGGCUACGGUGCCGGUGCUGGCGGAGGAGGCAGUUAUGGAGGUAGUUAUGGUGGUAACGAUGGCGGUGGAGGCUAUGGAGCAAAAGGCAGCGGAAACGGCGGCGGGUAUGGCGGCAGCGAUGGUGGAGGAUAUGGCGGAAGGAGCGGCUACGGCGGAAACGAUGGCGGAGGCUAUGGAGGAAGAGGCGGUGGUGGUCAAGGUGGUCGGGGAGGUGGAGGUUACGGUGGUGGUGGUAGUGGAUACGGCGGGCGAGGUGGUGGUGGUGGUGGAGAUCGUGGUGGUCGAGGUGGUGGUCGUGGCGGCCGUGGCGGUGGAGGUGGCAGCGGCAGAGAUGGAGACUGGCGUUGUCCUAACCAAAGUUGUGGGAACUUGAACUUUGCGAGAAGGGUUGAAUGUAACAAAUGCGGUGCUCCGAGUCCUAAUCCUAAUCCCAAUAGUUCUAAUGACCGAGGUGGCAGUGGUGGUGGUUAUAAUAGAGGAGGCGGUGGUGGAGGUUAUGGUAACAGUCGAGGAGGAAGAUCUGACUAUAACAGUGGAGGGGGUAGAUCUGGGAACUAUGAUGGUGGGAGAGGUAAUGAUUAUAAUAGUGGAAGGAGUGGUAGUAGUGAUGGUAGAGGUGGUUCAUAUAGAGGUAAUCAAGGGAGAGAAGAAGGUGGCUAUGGUCAAGUUCCUCCUCCUACCGCUCAAUCUUAUGGUGGUGCUGGUGCUGGUGCAGGUGGAAACUACCCACCCACUUACAAUUCUUAUGGUGGGAAUGCAAGUUAUGGAACAGAUGCAGUUCCUCCACCUGCAAGUUAUACUGGUGGUCCUAAUUCCUACCCUCCAUCAUAUGGGGGUAACGCAGGUGGUUAUGGGGGAGACACUCAAGGGGAUGGGCGGAGUGGUGGUAGAUCUGGGCCUCCAGCGGGAUAUGACAGUAGUUACGGUGCUGGUAACCGAGGUGGAUUUGGUGGAUCUCCUGCUGAACCCCCUGCUGCGGUGAAGCAGUGUGAUGAGAAUUGUGAUGAUACAUGUGACAACUCUAGAAUCUACAUCUCAAACCUACCACCUGAUGUGACUAUUGAAGAAUUGAGGGAACUUUUUGGAGGCAUUGGACAAGUUGGAAGAAUAAAACAGAAGAGGGGCUAUAAAGAUCAGUGGCCUUGGAACAUAAAGAUUUACACUGAUGAGAAUGGAAACAACAAGGGUGAUGCUUGCCUUGCUUAUGAAGACCCUUCUGCAGCACAUUCUGCUGGCGGUUUUUACAAUAAUUAUGAUUUGAGGGGUUACAAAAUCAGUGUUGCAAUGGCAGAAAAAUCUGCACCAAGAGCUCCAGCUGCAUAUAACCAAGGGGGCAAUAGGGGUGGCUACGGUGGAGAUAGACGCAGAGACAAUUAUAGAGAUGGUGGUGGUUCUGGGCCUGAUAGGCGUGAUCAUUAUGGAAAUCGUUCUCGUCCAUACUGAGAGCUUGGACAUUGAACGUUUUAUGUACUAUGAAUUGUGGGCUGAGGGUUUAAUUAUUUCAGUUGGCUGGUUUCUUGAACUGGAAGCAAAGAGGUAGGUUGUUCACUCACUUUGAGCAAAGACCUCUUCCGCUCCUUUUUGUUUCAAUUGUCUAGCUGGUGGGUUUUUGAUUUUAGUCAGGGAUUAAUUUAAUCAUGUGAAUGUUUUUAUAGAGGCAAGUGGAUAGUCUCCCAAUUGCUUGCUGCUACUAAGGUAGGUGUUGAAUAUUUCAGGUGAGUGCUGCUAUCAUGAAAAUGUGCCCUAAUACUUGCUUGGAAAUUUAACCAUGUGUCAUUAUGUGGAUAAAUGCCUGCAUUCCUAGCUCAUCCCAUGUGGCAUCUGGUGCAAGCGGUCGAUGGCAUUAAUUAAUAGAAUGUUGUCAGUCAUGGUUCCAUAAAUCAAUAAAUCUUAGUCACAAUGUUAUAAGUGAAUUUGAUUUAAGUAGUAAUUUUGGCUGUUUGCUUUAAAUUAAAGCAUUUAUAAUCUAUCAAUUGAGUGAUACUAUCGUGGUCUGUUGGAAAGUGAGGCUUCAUGAAGUUGUGUUUUUCUGUUUACUUGACAAUUUUGAGAAAGAUUUAAUUUACUGUUUAAAUUGGCAUCCAAGCAGCUCAAUUAAAGCUAGGCCUGGUAGCAAAUUCAACAUAGAAAAUAAUGCAAUUUACUUUAAUGAAACCACUUUAUUGAGUCAAGAACCUCUGAGUGUAUUAUAUAGCGACAAGAAUGUUAUGUUUGCUCCGUAAUAAAGUUUCAUGUAGUUCUAGUACGUAAAUUCUACCAAGCUUCAAUCAGGUCUCAUUUCAUGAUAAAAAACUUGUAGAAACAAGCUUCUCGAUGUGAAAAGUGCUGUUGCAUAUAUUUAUCUGAUGUAUGUAAUGCAAAUUUAGGUUUCCUAUUGGUUUGCUUUCUUAUUAUUCUAAUAUUGGCACUCGCACUUACUGAUUUGAUCUAUUUGUAAUUUUAACUUGAUAGCUAAUAGGAAAUUUAGGAUCUUUUUAACUUGAUGCAUGUGUUGUUUCUAGCAAGCUAGCUAUUGGAUUUCGCACUUCUUAGUAGCAUUCGUUUGCGUAUUCUCUGCAAUGCAAGUUUGUUUGUCUAUGUUGCAUGAUAAUGAGUACAGUUGCAGUGCUAGUUUGUUUUACGGUUCACACAUCUAAUCCCCGUGGCUUGUGCGUAUUCCGUAUCACAUGCGAGCAGAACUUUCUUGUGCUAUUUGGGUAUAUCAAAUACCGUAGCUUCGUACCCUGCUUGUUCAUUUAGCUCCUUGUCCACAGAUGGUUCAGUGCACAUAUAAUUCAAUUUUACUCUAAUACCUAGUGUUCUGAUUGUGUUAUGUUGCCUGUUUAGGGUUUGAAUCUCUAAUAGGUCCUUACAGGUUAUGCCCUCUUGUUUAGUCCUGAUCAAUCUUCGAGAUGGUUUCAUAGGAUGAACCAAAAUUUUCAUCGGUUAUUCAAGUCCCCUGAUGUACCUUCUUAGUUCGUGUUUCUUCUUUGUUGCAACUUUCACGGGCGUUGUAAUUCGUUUGAUCAUUUCAUCGGUAGUUAUAUUGCAAAAUGAUUGUCUUUAUUUUUUUUAAAAUCAAAUCUUGGUACCAAAAUGCAUCUUGAUCAAUAAAUAAUAUAGUAAAUUCAAAGCUGA